UAUAAAAUCAAAAUGGAGAUGAUGCUAAGAAGAAACUAUUACCAAGUCGAAAAGCGUGACCGCAAACAGCCAGAGAUGUCUUUCCAAGAGAAGAAAGAAGAAACGAAAUAAAACAAAGAAAAGAUACAGAAAGGCGACACUCUCAUAUUGCUCUAACGGAGAAGAAGAUUUUGAUGAGCAUUCAGACAACAAACUAAGCGCUAUCUCUAACGUCUCAAAAAGUUUUGUUCAGGAGCGAAAUUUAGAAAUCAUUGAGAACGUUUAUACAUCAAAGAAGAAAGCUAAAGCAUCCUUCAUCUCUAAUGGAGGGAAGAGGCAAGGACUUCUCGGGAUGAUUAAGAACAAGUUCUUUUAGAGGCAACAAAGUCAAGAGGCCAGUCUCUGAAUAUUCUAAUAAAUCUGAGUCCAACUACGUUCAGAAAAUGCUGGUAAUCCUGAGAAAGGCUCAAAAGCAUGGCAUCAUGACUGAAAAGGAGAAGGAUCAGAUGGCUAAACUUAUUUUCAAAAAUGGAGGAUUUCCUAAAGCGUAUCGUCCACAGCUCUGGACACUUGCUAGUGGGAGUGAAAGACUCAAACGUAAUAAUUUUGGCUACUAUUCUAUUCAACCACAUGAUGAAGAUGAGAGGAAGAGUAACGAUGAUAACCCUGAGCUUACAGAAAAACAAGAUAACACCAGUGAUGAUGAUAUAUGAAGACCACUGCUAGAUUCUUACCCAGAGAUGCCCAGCCCAUAUAAAGACCAGAUAAUGGUGGAUCUAAACAGGACUUUUAUAGAAAAUAAUGGAUCAAUAGACAGCAAAGAUUUCAAUAAGAAACUUUUCAGAAUUCUUUUGUCCUAUUCGAAACGGAACUCAAAUGUUGGCUACUGCCAAGGAAUGAACUAUCUCGCCGGAAUGGUGGUCAGGGUAAUUCAUAAUGAAGAAACAGCAUUCUGGACAUUAUGAAGUUUAUUUGAAAAUAUCCUUCCUCUAGAUUACUUUUGACUAAUGACAGAAAUAUUGGUUGACCAAAAAGUACUAAUGAUGCUGAUACAAAAGAAACAAAAGAAAUUGUUCAAACAUUUGAAGAGCCAUGGUGUUGACUUCCCUAUUAUUACAUUUCAAUGGUUUGUUUGAUGCCUUUCUUGUACCUUAGACCAAGAAGUAGCAGAGACAGUUUGGGAUUUACUAUUUCUUCAAGGCACAUCAGCUAUUUUCUGGGCUUCUCUUGCGAUCCUUGAUAUUAUGUCUCCAGAUUUAUUAAAACAAACUGAAUUUAACGAUAUGUACACAACAAUGGAUACCAAACCAAAAGAAAUGAUUAAUGAGCCUGAGAUAAUGCUAAAGCAUUAUCAAAAGUUCAUGAGAGUCAAGCCUUGCAUGAUCUCAAAGCUAAGGAAGAAGUUCAGAGAGGGGAUCAUAAAUGACCAGAGACAAGUGUGGAUGAACAACUCCAGAGCAGUAUGUCCAUCAUCCACAGAUUCAUCUGUGCUAAAAAGAGUGAAAAUCCUGAACAAGUUUUUCUUCUUGAACAAGGCUAUAAGAGCUAAUAAAAAACAGGAACUUCACUUUGAGCUAGACAAUGUCGAUGACCGCCUAUCUUGUUCUGGCAUGAAGUGAAAUUUUAAUUGGCCACUCUGUCUCUACGAUUUUACAAUUAGAACUCGGAUCUGAAACUUCUUCAUUUUCAGGGUAUCCAAGCCAGUCAGGAUCAUCCCUGAGUACUUCAGUGAUGACCUAAAUUUGAGAAGAGAAGAAAAAUUUGAGAAGCUGUUCUUCUUCAUUCCUUUUGAGAACAAAGAUGUUACGAUUUAUGACAAUAAAUCUGAGAGAAGAGUUAAACGGAUUGAAAGCGCGCAAAUUUAUGAGAAGAAUGAAACAGAAGACAAUGAAAAGUAUAUUCAUAUUACCGAAGAUGAGCAACUGCUAAUGACACGAGAAGUUCAUCCCUGUGUUUAUAAUGGGUUCGAAGACCAUUUUCAUAAAAUGUUUGAUACAGAAGACAAUAUAUUAUAUAUGAACUGGACUGUUCAUACCUGAUAUGGCUUUGAGCUCCAGAAUAUCCAAUCUAUCGAAGCUUUUGUCAAUGAGAUUCUUUCACUAAAAGAAAUAGAGGCUCUGAAGUCUAAAGAUUAUCAAGAGGAGAGUAAGAAUAUGAUGAAUAGAGAAUACCGUAAUUUCUCUCAUUACAGGCUAAAUACUUUGUUACGUGAAAGACCACUAAAGGAGGAAAAACUUAAAAGAUUUGGGAGCUUCAAUUUCCCAAGGCAUGGUUUGGACCAACAAAUCUGGCAAUCUGCGCUUGAAGUUGCUAGUCAAAGUAUUAUUAUUUCAGGCUCAUCCGACAUUUCCAGUGAUUCUGAUGAUGAAUAA